CCCGAGGAGUCCCUUGACCCAGAGCCUCAUGUGUGACCUGGUCUCUGAGGUGCUGGACAGCUGCUGGGGGCCCUCAAGAGCCGCCUAGGCAUGCUGGGGGCCUGCUGCAGGCCCUGCCCGGCCUUGUGGCCCAGGCCCUGCAACCCCCAUGCCCCUGGCCCCCCUCGCCCCCCAGUCCCGGCAGUCUGCAGCGCCCUGUGCCCGGGGCCAACCGGGGCCCUUCGGACUGUGGGUGACAGUCCUGCCACCACCAGCUGCCAAUCUUGGCCAUUGUGUGGCCGCUGCCCCCAGGCCUCCCAACAGUACAGCGGUAGGUGCCUCAAGGAGCCCCCCUCCCAUUCUGCCCAGGCCCCCAGUGGGCAAGGAGCGGCCUGGGCAGGGUCCUUGCCAAUCCAGAAUAAAGCCGGAGCUCGGGCUGCUGCCCACUGUGCCUGAUCACGUCCGCGGGGGCGGGACGCCCAGUCCAGGGUUCCAGGACAGAUGUGGGGCACCCAUGGAGGCCUUGAUCAUCUCCCCAAACCAGCCGGGCCCUGGCGGCUGCCCGAGCCCCCCGAGGACACCUGCGCCAGCUCCGCCUCGGGCGGGAGGUGAUGCUCGGCCUGGUCUGCAGGGACAUCUACCCGGCAGCCUCCUGCCCUUGACGCCUUUGGUGGAUCCUGCACCCUCCACCCUGCAUGCCCGGCUCCUGUGGGGCCCCCGACCCCCGAGAUCCGGGGGGGUCGGUGAUGAGGAAAAACACUGGGCGCUUGAGAUGGACACUGACUCAGCUCACUAUCAGACAGGCUCGGAUGGGGAAACUGAGGCCCCAAGAAGCGAAGCCGCUGCCUGGGGUCACCCAGCAGAAGCCAAAAUGAACUCAGUGGCGGGGCCUCCGUGGGGGAACCCCCGGGCCCCGGGAGAUCCUGGGUUGUAG